UAUUCUAUCGUUGUAGCAACAUGAUGAACGCCGCCGUAGAUCGAGCUAGCGAGAAUGAAUUGCUCAUUUCGUUAGUCCGCGGCCAUCGCUCGUUGUGGGAUCAAGCAAGCCAAGACUAUAGAAAUGCAUCACUUCGCAACGUAAGCUGGAUUGCCGUCGCCAAGGCCCUAGGCCUAUCGGGGACGAACGACAAAGUCCUCAAAAUUAGCAGGAGAUGGAGGAAUCUGCGAGAUACUUUUGCAAAAAAGCUCCGGGACUCAAGAAAGAAGAGUGGUGCAGCCGCUGGAGAGCCGACGUCAACAUGGAAGCAUUUUAACGAUAUGCUUUUUCUGCGAGACAUUCUGGAGCCGCGACAAACGACCACGAACAUGGAGAUCUUUAGGGAUGACUCUGCGGAAGAAAUCCUCAGCCAAUAUUCCGAAAGCCCAUCGGAAAUACUUCUGCCCAUGGUUGAAGGACGUCACACAGACACGACACACACAAACACUAUCAAUUCUCUCCCUUCUACCCCUAGUGGUCUUUCAGGCUCUGCAUCUCAUUCUUCCUCUCCUCGAUCAUUUCCUUCUUUGCCUUCUCCACAGACUGUCUCUACUGCCUUUUCACUCAACACACCCACCUCUUCCCUCGAAAAGACACCAAAAACAAAACGCAAGAAAGACAGCAGAGACAGACUUCUUGAAAACAUUAACAAUGAGCUACACAUACCUAUGUCGAACAAUGAACACUUUUUAUUAUCACUAAAAGACCAGUUGGAUAAGGUGCCAGAUAACCUUUUAGGAUUAUGCAAGAUCCAUAUACUGGACAUUUUAAACCACUAUGAAGCUAGAAUUGUUCCCACGAACUUGGUGCCAUUAAAGCCUCCUCAAGGAAAGGAGACUAUCUUAUCUGCAAAUGUUGUUCAUUUAUUUAUGCUUGUUGCCUGUGUUAUUUAUUUGGUGCAUUUAAAUAAAGGCUCCCUGUAUUAUGGAUCAACCUCUAGGUCAAGUGUGUAAGGGAGUCAUGUUACUUGAGCUUUUUAUUUAGAAGUACUGAAGAGAUUGCAUAACAGCGUGCAACAGAAAAGGCCUCAUUUGUGGAAGUCGGGGAACAGUGUUUAUAACGACGACA